AAGUAUAAAAGGCAAGAGCAGCCCUACUCUUACAGUUAAUUCAAGAUUCAAAACGAUGAAAGCAAUAAUAAUUGUAUUAUCCCUUUUGGGACUAUCAACAGCUCGUUUCGAGGACUUUGAAAUAAACAGCGGUUGGCGUGUUGUUGGGGGUUCCACUGCAAAACCCGGCCAGUUUCCCUUCAUUAUUUCCUUACGAGCUGGCGGCAAUUCUCACAUUUGCGGUGGUUCCAUCAUUGCCAAAGAUUGGGUCGUUACUGCAGCUCAUUGCGUAGCUGGGGGCCAACCACCAGCUUAUACUGUGGUCGCAGGAUCAAACCAAUUAGAUUCACCAAACGCAACUCGGAUCGCCGUUCAAAAAAUCAUCGUACAUCCGGACUGGAACCCCAGUUUGAUCACUAACGAUGUUGCGUUGCUUAAACUAGCCACACCAAUACGAGAAAGUGAAUUUAUUCAAAUUAUCAGUCUGGAAAGCCAGAAUGUUGAUGCGGUUCGUAAUUGCACUUUGAUAGGAUGGGGAAGGACGUCUUAUCCUGGAAGUAUUCCCAACGACUUGCAGUUUUUGGAUUUGGUUUCGUUGCCUUUCACCGAAUGUAAAGACAGAUGGGCGAGCAUAAACCCGGUUUAUCCGACUGAAAUUUGUACUUUUACUAAAAGUGGAGAAGGAGCUUGUCAUGGGGAUUCUGGAGGUCCACUCAUCGAUGAAACAAAGAAAAAUCCGGUGCUUAUUGCUUUAGUAUCGUGGGGCUCUCCCUGUGCAAGGGGAAUGCCAGAUGUGUAUACGAGAGUUUCGUCUUUCUAUCAAUGGAUUACAAAAACCAUUACAAACUAAAUAUUUCAUUUAUUGUUUCGUGUUUUUAUCAAAGGUACACAAAGUACAUAAAAUUGUAGGUAAGCUAUGUUUUUGUUUCCUUAUCAAUGAAUUAUUGUUUGUGCAGAUAAUGUAUUAAAUAUAAUAACAAUAAAUCAUUAUACAAUGAUUUUUACAAUCUCUCUUAGACAAGUUGAAAUGAUUAUCAGAUUAUUAUUAGACAUGAAUUAAAAUUUUAUCUUUUAAGCAUGUUGUAUGUCAUUCUCGAUAAAAGUUUCAAAACAGAUUAUACCUAAAUGUGAAUUUUAGCUCCGUGGUUCACAAUCCUUGUUUUUAGUUAUUGUUAUACUGAAUAACGAUCAGCUCGUAUGUGACUAUUGCACUCACAAUCUGGAAAUAAAAGUUUAAUUUUAAA